CAAUAAUGAAGCUUUUGUUCUAGACUGUGCCAAUCUGGUCAUACCGACAUGCUGUUGCUGGUAUUACUCACCAUUAUUCUAACCGCACACUCGCUUACCUGUUAUAAUGGAGGAAGGCUUCUUAGCACGACAGCAGUUGGCGAAUCAGUCGAAGAAUGCCCUCCAAGCGCUUACUGCUACAACAUGACAGCUAAAGUUGCGUUCUUCGUUGAUGCCAUAAAAACAGGUUGCUCUACUUGGAGAUGUAUGCUGGCGCGGGACACAUGCAUCACGACCACAUUCCAAAUGAUUCCGGUGAGCUUCUGCUGUUGUAGUCACGAUCGCUGCAAUGUUGCGGAAAAUUUGGCCUAUGGUAGCAUUGCUGAAGGAAAUGGAAGACUUGGUGAGGGUGGGAAAGACAGUAGCAACGUUGAUGGAAACGCAGGAGCAUGGGGAGGCGGAAAUAACGAUGGAGCCAAUCAAGACGGUUAUGGUGAUAAUACUAACGAUAACAAUUUUAACGGAUGGGGGAAAAGUAACGACGGGCAAAGCGGCAACAAUGGAGGAAACACAGGAGGAUGGGGAAGAGGGGACAGCAGACGAACGAACAAUGGCUAUGAUGAUAAUAACAACAAUAACUAUAAUGGAUGGGGGAACAAAUACGAUGAGAAAACCACAAUAUAUCCUCGCUUGCCUUCGGAUUCCGGCUCUAGAGGUAGCUGGUGGGAUCCAAAGCAAAUCAAGGAUAAGUUCAACGACUUCGACGUUGACAAUCGAGAAGACGAUGCCGGAGGAGACGAAGUGUUCGAAAAGGUAGAUGUACGCUUUACGACUAGACCUCCACGAAGACUUCCCUCGUAUAAUAAAGCACCGGGCAUCUCUACAGGCCGGCAGGGAAGUACAGGAGGCGAAGGAAGAGAAAUUGAACUUGAUGUUUGAUCUUUAUCGAUUCUGAAUCUUGCUGAUAAUCGUUCACGCCAUACAUCUAUCUAAUGCUGUAAGUACUGAAUGCCAUAUAGGCACUAUAUGCAUCUUUUGAUGCUCAUCAAUUACUAGCCU